CCUUCUUUCCAUGUAAAGGCCAUCAGCAGCAGAACGGUUUCUUUAAAGAGCAGGCUCAAAAAUGGCAUCAAGGGCACUCUCUGUGAUAAGAUCCACCAGGAACUUUAAUGUAGCUGCGGCUACUCGGUCCUUUUUUUCUUCAAGUAAUUCUGGGACGAGGAAAGCCUUUAAUAUGGCGCCAUUGCUAAUCGGCUCUCUGACGGCCGUUGCUGCAGCAGGCAGUGCAAGUUACUUUGCUAACAGAGAAUCCAAGGGCCAGUGUGGAAUUCUGCAAACCGUCAGUGCAUCAGCGUUUGUGCAGCCAAAGAUGGGAGACAAAGAACAAAAGCCAACAAAAAAUGACCGUACUUUCAUCAUGAUAAAGCCUGAUGGCGUCAAAAGAGGGCUCAUUGCAGAUAUUAUCAAACGAUUUGAACAGCGGGGAUACAAACUAGUUGCGAUGAAAUUCAUGAAGCCUGAUGAAGAAUUGCUGAAGAAGCACUAUGCAAAUCUUAGCAAACUACCAUUCUUUCCUGGACUCAUCAAAUAUGUUGGAGCAGGGCCUGUUGUUGCAAUGGUUUGGGAAGGCCUUGAUGCAGUAAAGGGUGGCAGGAGGAUGCUUGGUGAAACUGAUCCACAAAAGUCUUUGCCAGGCUCUAUAAGAGGUGACUACAGUAUUCAUAUCGGAAGGAACAUCAUCCAUGGCAGUGAUAGUAAUGAAAGUGCAGCCAUCGAGAUUGGCUUGUGGUUUGAUGAAAAGGAACUGGUUGACUGGAAACUUAUGUCGGAAUCAAUGAUCUAUGAAGAUUAGGACUUAUACAAGUAGAAUAGAAUAAAUGUAAUUUGGUUCACUUGAGGUGAACUAUUGCUUUUGUGUAUUAUUGGAAAUAAAAUGCUAAAAUACAUCAUA